AUGGGCGCCGUCCUAUCCAGCAUCGGCUCGUGCCUGACGGGCAUCGUUAACGCCAUUGGCUCCAUGAUCCACGCCAUCGUCGGCGGCAUCGUGCGCAUCUUUGACGUCCUGAUCAGCUGCAUCACCUGCGGCUACGCCCGACGUGGAGGUUCCCGGCGCCGCACGACGCACAGAACAACACGCGUAUAA